AUGCGCGCGCACCUUGCUCUCGCCGCCGGCGUCCUUGGCCUGGUCUCCGCCAUCCCCACCGACGCCGAGGCCGUCUCGAAGCGCCAGUCAGGCACCACGAUCUUCCUCUGCGGCGACAGCACCACGGCCAAGGGAGGCGGCGGGCCCGGAACCCAGGGCUGGGGCGAGUUCCUGCAGUACUCCUUCCCGGAGAGCAAGGCCAAGGUCGACAACCGCGCCCUCGGCGGCCGCAGUGCCCGCUCGUACACCCGCGAGGGCCACUUUGACACUGUCGCUGGCCUCGUGAAAAGCGGCGACUGGGUUGUGAUUGAAUUUGGGCACAAUGACGGCGGGAACCUUAAACCUACAGAUGAUGGCAGGACAGACUGCUUCGGUGAUGGGGAUCAGACAUGCUCGACGACCUACAAGGGUGUUGCCGAGACGGUUCUCACAUACCCUGCUUACCUCAAGAACGCCGCCAAGAAAUUCAACGCCGCUGGCGCCAAGGUCAUCAUCGCCGCCGCGACCUCCGACAACCCCUGGGAGAGCGGCACCUUCCAGUACGGAUACGACCGCUUCUUUAACUACGCAUGGCUUGCCGUUCAGCAGCUCGGCGGCCCCUCCCAGGGCUACUACUUUGUCCCGCACGGCGCGUACGCCGCCCAGGCCAUGAAGAAUCUCGGCGCAAAGACCAUCAACGCGAACUACCCCAACGACCACACGCACACGUCGCCCUUCCUCGCCGACGUAGUCCACAAGGCCUUCGUCCUCGGCCUCCGCUGCGGCACCAGUCCCCUCGCCUCGCUCACCAAGAACUCGACGGCGUCCCUGACGUCGACCGUGCUCGGCCCGUGCAUUAACUUUGACUCUAGCAUCAGCCCUCUUCUGCGAUAA